AUGGCGCUGACAUGGGGGCCAGCCCUCCCACUGCCAUCACAUGUCAGUCUUCUACUAUUAUUUGGUCUCCUUGUUUGGGGGCUUUGGGUGCUGUUUUCUGGGAAACAGAGCAGGGAACAGGUGGCAGCAAAGACAGACUCAGAGACUUCAAAGCAACAUAGAUUGAAAAAGAUCCAGAAAGUCACAGGUCAGAAAGAUCCUAUGCUUUAUUCUUCAUCUCUGCUCCCAGCUCAACAGUGGGAAGAAAAUCUCAGGAUGGGCUGCAUUAAAACUAACCUGACAUGCUUUUCAGGACUCCCUGAAGUAUGGACCCAGGAAUGUAUACUCUGUCUUGAACAGAUUUUCCAACAUCUGGAAAAUGCAAGAUCAGUUCUUAUGGAAUCAUGUUUGCCUGAAUCACAAUGUAUGAUUUCUUCCUCCACCUCCUCUGGUUUUGUGGCUCAGGAGCCUGUUCUACCCUUUUGUGACUGUAAGACAGCAAAAUAUUCUACUACCCACAGCACCUCCUCUGGAUCAUCAUGCAAUGACUCCAGUUUGUCUCACUUUUCUGUCUUUUCUGAAGGAACAACUGGGAAAUUCCAGUGCCAUAGUUUACCUAUUUUUUCUAAAAAGCAACCAACUGUGUUUAAGAACCAAGGCACAUCCCUGCCUCCUCCUCAUCUCUCAGAGCUUGGGAAAUCAAAACUCUUUCAGAGUUUGGCAACUCUUUCAGCCUUAAGACCUCAAACCUCUUUCACCAACUCUACUAUCUGCAAACAAUUGAAAACAAAGGAUGGGAGAAGGAGCAAGAAUCAUUUGACAUCAGAUCAUUGGCCAAAUUCUAUUUUCAAGGACAGACCACAAUUCAAAGGCCGGGAUCCAAUCCAGAUCUCUUCUUUGACUAGGUGGAAGUUAGAGAGACAUAUGGCUUGGAAGAUUUGUACUUUGCAGAAAAAAACAGUACCCCUGCCUGUGAGGGAAUCAUGGGCAAUGUUGAAUUAUUUAACUGAGGUACAAGGAAGCAUCCCUGAACCAGAAAAACCCCAAAUCCAGUUAUCUAUGCCCAUUUAUCAAAGCACUGAGCAAAAUGUCAACAAUGAAUCCCCAGACCUUCCAUCAUUUCAGCGCCAUGUGAACACUGGAGUGGAAUCUGGAUUAAAAAGAACAGAAACAAAAAUUUCAGAAUCCCUUACCCCAGGUAAACAGUCACAACAUGAGGGUGGCCCCCAAAUUCUUGGAUCCAAGUUGUUAGUUACAUCAAUGGGCACUCCACCUCCCAAAAGUUUAGGAGUUGACAUAAUUGAAAAAGAAACCACUUUACUGCAGAAGGACCCAAAAUAUACGUUAGAGCUUAGUAUAAAGCAGAGGGUAAUAGGUCUCCCAGAAAAAAACAUACAGAAGCAUGAGACCCAAGUGACUAGUGUGGAGUUGACUCCAAGGCUACCAUAUCAAGUCACAGAUAGCAUAAAGGUAACCCCAUUGGCAUUAAUUCAAGCCAUGGAUUCAAUGGGGAUGAUCCCGGAAUCACAUUCAGAAGUGAUAGAAUCUGUGAGUUUGUUUCCACGACCAAAUGACACUGUUAAACCAUUGGAAACAGUGACUGCAAGUUCAAAACCAGCAUAUCAAGUCAUUGAAUCAGUGGAGGUAACCCCAAGGCCUCAGCACCAAGUUAUAGAAUCAAAGAAGAUGACCUCAAGACCACUGAAUCAAGUCACAGAUAAUGUGAAGGUAACUCCUGUAGCAUUGCUUCAAGUCAUGGAUUUUAUGGGAAUGGUUAAAAGAUCACACCCACACAUCACAAAAUCAGUGACCCCAACAUCACGAUAUCAGGAUAAGGAGUCAGUGAAAAUGAGUACAUUGUUGGACCAUCAAGUCAUACAACCAGGAAAGAUGAGUCCAAGGCCACAGCAUACAGUCAUGGAAGCUGUGGAAAUGACUCCAGGGCCACAACAUAAACUUAUUAAACCAGCGGGCAUAACUUCAAAGCCACAAAAUCAAGUCACAGAACCAGUGAAAAUUAUUCCAGGACCAACAUGUCAAAACACAAAAUCAUUGAACAUGAUGCCCAGGCCAUUGCAUCAAGUCAUGGAUAUCAUGAAAAUAACACCAGAGGCACUAUUAGAAGCUAUGAAUUGCAUGGGAAUAGUUCCCCCUGCACAGCCAGAUGGUAUAGAAUCUGGGAAUUUGACCUCCAGUGCACAGUUGCAAGGUAUGGAAUGUGUUCAUUUGAGCCUGCCACCAGACUUGCCAGGUACAAAAACUGUGGAGUUGACCCCAAGACCACAACAGGAAGAUAUGAAAUCUGUGGAGUGCACCCUAAAGCCAUGGUUACAAGAUAUAAGAUCUGAGGAGAUAGCCCAAGUACUAUUGCUUAAAGAUGUGAAAACUCCUCAAGUGGUAGAAUGUAGGAGGUUGAUUCCUGAGACACAUGUAGAAGGUAUGAAAUAUGAGGAGCUGAUCCAAGGGGUACAUGCUCCAGCAGCACGAUCUGUAGAAUUGGUACCCAAGCCAAGUCAUCAAGCCAUUGAAUCUGAAGAAUUGACCUCAUGGCAUCAAGCUUCAGAAACUUUAGGGAUGAUUUCAGAGCCAGGAUAUCAAGAAACAGAAUCAAAGUUGACCUCUGACACUUGUCAUCACAAGAAAGAAUCUGUGGGGUUUACACAACCAUCUUUAGGAAAUACCCCAGGGCCACUGAGACAUGCUUCAAAAUCUAGACAGAUGAACUCAAUGCCAUUCCAAGGUACCCUUGAGACAAAGCUCCAAAGUAUAAAACCCAUGGAGGAGACUCCAGUGUCACAAGAUACAAUACGAGAAUCUCCGAAGGUGGUACCAGGAUCCGAGGUGCAAGGUAUGAAAUCAGAGGUGUUAAUCCCAGACUUCCAACGUAUUAAGUUUGUUCUGAAUCUAAAAGCAUACUCAGAAGUUAUGAACUAUGAGGAGUUGACCUCAGAACCACAAUUUCAAAGUGUAAAAUCUGUGCCAUUGACCUCAGAACCACAGCACCAAAGUAUAAAACUUGAGUCAGUCCCAUUUGUGAUAGGAUCUAAAGAGUUUAUUACAGGAUCAGAACCACAUGUAAUGGAAUUGAAUCCAGAACCACAGCCCAAGGAAGCAAAGUCCAGGCAGUUGGAUCUAGAGCCACAAUUACAGGAUGUGAAAUAUGUUAAUUUAAUCCAAGAGUCAACUACUACCAAAGCAGUAGAAUCUGAGAAGCUGAUAAAAGAGCCAGUGCUACAAAGUAUAUUAGAGGACUUGACUAUAGGGCCACAGUCACAAAGUGUCAGAUUUUCAAAGUUAUCUCCAGAGCCACUUCUCCAAGGAAAAAAAUCUGUAGAUUUAAUCUCAGGGCCCCCACACCAUGUUAUGAAAUCUGAUGAAUUGACCCCAGCUUCCCCUGUGCAAGAAAUCAAACCAUCAGGUUUUACACUACAGCCAAAGCAUCUAAGUGUUAUACCUGUACAGUCAACUCCUGAACCACAAUCUCAAGGUAUCAAAUUUGUGGAACUAAACUCAGGACUAUGCUCAAAAGAUGUUAAAUUUUCUGAUUUGGACCCAGAAUCAAAGCAUAAAUGUUUCAAACAUGGGCAGUUUAUACCAGAAACACAGAUUCAGGAUAUAAAGUCGGUAGGGGUUGCAGCACAGUCACCUUUGCAGUUAAGCCAAGGGCUCCCAGUUGAAAAUACAAAAUCUGUUUUGUCUGUUGAAGGAUCACAAUUUCACAGCAUGAAAUCUGUGAAAUUGACCUCAGAAAUACAAUUUCAAGGUGUGAAAUCUGAGGAACUGAAACUAGGACCAAGGCAGCAAGAUGUCAAAUUUUCUGAAUUGACUUCAGGGCCAAAGCUUCAAGGUGUCACAUUUGGGGAGCAAACCCCAGUACCACUGUUUCAUCAAGUGAAUUCUGUGGAGAUGACUCCAGAGUCAGGGCUUCAAGAUUCUAAAUUAGUGAAGAUGUCUCCAGAGCUUCAAGAUAAGAAACAGAUUGGGCUUAACCCAGGGCCAUGGCUACAUGAUGUCAAAUUUUGUGAUCUGACAUCAGGAACUCAAUCUCAAGGUGUGAAAUCUUCAGAGUUAAAAUCAGGGCCACAAAAACAAUAUGUGAAAAAUUUUGAGUUGGCUCCAGAGCCAAAGAAGCAAGGAGGAAGAUCUACGGAGUUGACCCCAGGACCUGAGCAGCAAGGGGUUAAACCUGAGAUGUCAGUACCAGAGUCACUGUUUCAAGGUGUAAAAUGUGUAGAGGUUGGUCAAAUGUUAAGCGUUAACAGUGACAUUUCACAUAAAUUAGUGUUAGAGCCACAGAUUGCAGAUGUGAAGUCUGUGGAGCCGACUCCUGAGCAACAGUUGCCAAGUGUCAACUUUUCUGAGUUGACCAGAAGACCACAGUUACAAGGUAUGAAAUCUUCUGAAUUGAUCCAAGGACCACAGUUAAAAGAUGUAAAACCUGUGGAGUGGACCCCAAUCUCAAAGUUUCAAGAUUUAAAAUCUGAGACACUAAUCCCAGAGCCACAGCUAGAAGACAUGAAAUCUGUGGAUUUAACCCCAUGGUCACAUUUGGAAGGUAUGAAAUCUAUUCCGUUAACACCAAAGCCACAGUUUGGAGAUGUGAAAUCUAUGGUAUUAACCCCUGGGCCAUGGGUGGGAGGUACACAACAAGUGGAGCGGACUCCAGGCUCAAAACUUCAAGGUUUAAAGUCUGAGUUGUUGAUUUCAGAAUCAGAGGUAGAAGAUGUGAAGUCUGUGACCUUAAGUCCAGGACAAUGCCUAAGAUGCCCAAGUCCUCAGCUGGAAGAUGAGAAAUCUGUGGAGAUAAACUUAGGGCCACAGACAGAUGUCAAGUCUGUGAAAACCAUCCCAGAUUCCAACCUUCAGGCUGUGAAAUCUGUUCAGUUGACUCUGCAUUCAAGAAUUCAAGAAUUCAAAACUGUGGAGUUGGUCCCAAGAACACAAAUGCAAAAUGUGAAAGCCAUGGAAUUAAAACUGGGGCCAAAGACGCAAGUUGAGAAUUCUGGGCCUUUUGCACCAGAGCCAUUACUCCAAGAACCUCAACUGCAAGGUAUGAAACCUGAAGAAUUUACUUUAGAGCCACAAAUGCAAGACAUGAAAUUUGUGGAGAUUACCCCAUGUUUCAAACUUAAAAGUUUAAACUCAUUAGAGGAGACUCCAGAUCCAUUGCAAUGUGUAAAAUCUGUGAAGUUGACUCCAAGGCCAAAGAAGCAGGUAGUAAAACCCACAAAUGUAACCAGAAUGCAAAAAUUUCAAGGAGUAAAAUCUGUGGAUUCAGCUCCAAGGCAACAGUUUCAAGGGAUGGCACUUUUGAAUUUAACUCCUAAGAAGUUAAAACUUGAAGCACAGCUGCAAAGCAUAAAAUCUCCCAAGUUGACCCCAGGGCCACAGUUACACCAAGUGAAACCCUUGGUGUCAACUUUAGAACCACAGCUUCAAGGGGUGAAAACGGUUGAUCUAAAACAAGAGACACCACUUGGAAGUAUGAGACGUAUUCAGUGGACACCAGAACCUGAGUUCCAAGGUGUGAAAUCUAUAGGGUUAAAUCUUGGUUCACAAUCUCAAGGUGUCAAAUCAGCAAAGUUGAAAUCAUUGAUACAGUCAAGAAAUGUGAAAUCAUCUAAAUUGAUUCGAGGACCAAAAACUCAAGGUGCAACACAUUUGGAGUUCAACUGUGGGCCACAGUUGCAGAGUGUGAAAACCCCUGAGUCACCCCCAGAACAACUGCAAAAAGGGACAUUUUUGGCCUCAACAUCAGAGCCACAGCUUCAAGGCAUAAAAAGUGUGGAGUUAAACCAACAGCCACAGCUUGGAAGUAUGAAAUCAGUUCAGUGGAUACCUGCAUUAGAGCUUCAAUGUAUGAAAUCUCUGUUAAAUCUUGGGUUACAAUCUCAAUGUGUCAAACCAGCAGAGUUGAAACCUUUGACAAAGUCAGGAGAUACAACAUCAUCUAAGUUGACUCCAAAGCCAGAACUCCAAGGUAUACAAUCUUUGGCGUCAUUCCAGGAACAUCAGCCUGAAGGUUUUGAUUUGAAACCUCAUCUGCAGUUUAGAAGUAUGAAAUCAUGUGACCUGACUUCGAGGUCAAAGCCCUGUGAUAUAAAAUCUAUGAUGUCCAAAUCUAGUCUUCACUUGCAUGAUGGGAAAUCUCCUAAAUUGACCUCAGGACUACAGCUUCAAGAAGCGAAACCCUUACAGUCAUCCCCAGGAACACAGCUUCAAGGGGUAAAGUCUCCAGUGCUUACACAAGAACCACAACUUCUAGGUGUAAAAUCUGGGGUAUUAAGUCAAUUUCAGAGUGAUAAAAUGAUACAGUCGAGCUCCCCACUACACUUGAAAAGUAUGAACUCAUCUAAGUUGGCUCUUCAGAAAAAGCUUCAAGGUGUGAAAUCUGAGGAUUUCAACUUUCAGUCACAAUGGCAAGAUCUAAAAUCUUCUAAGUUGCCUCUUGGUAUAAAGUCCCAAGAUACGAAGUUUACUGAGUUAAAUCCCAGCUCACAGUUGCAAGUUAUGAAAUCUUCUCAAAGGACUUCAAAGACAAAGCUUCAAGAUACAAAAGACAAAAAAUUCAGCAUUGUCCCCCAGUUGCAAUCUUCUGAGCCAAUACUGGGGACAAAGCUUGAAAAAGUGAAAUCAGAAGAAUUCAAGUCAGGUCCACAGUUGCAAGACAUAAAAUCUUCUAGGAUGGUCAUGGGUAUAGAGCUUCAAGAUGUAAAAUCUAUGAAUUUCGGGUCUGGAUCACACUUGCAGGGUAUGAAAUCUUUUGAAGUGAUCCCAAAGGAAAAGCUUCAAGGUGUGGAAUCUGUAGAAUUAAAACCUAGUUCAAAGUUCCAAGAUGAGAAAUCAGAUUUGACCCUGGGGAGGAAGUUUCCAGGUGCAAAAUCUGUAGAGUUGGAUUCAGGUCCAAAAUUACAAGACAUAAAAUGUUCUGACUUGAUCAUAGGUAUAAAGCUUCAAGAUUUAAAAUCUAUGGGGUUCAACUCUAGAUCACACUUUAAAGGUAUGAAAUCUUCUGAAGUGAUCCCAGAGACAAAAUUUCAAGAAGUGAAAUCGUUUUUCAACUCUGAGCCACAGACACAAAGUGAAAAAUCUCAGUCAAUUCAAGCAACAAAUCUUCAAGCUGUGAACUCCUUAAGGUCCAACCAUGGUCCAAAAUUACAAGGUGGAAAAUCUGAUUUAACCCAGAAGAGGAAGCUUCAAGAUGUGAAAUCUGUUGAGUUAAAGCCUGUUGCACAUUUACAAGUUGUGACAUCUGAGUUAACACCAGAGACAAAGCUUCAAAGUGAAGAAUCUGUGGAGUUCAUCACUGGGCCAAUGUGUCAAGAUACGAAAUCUUUUGAAUCAACUCUAGGUACAAAGGAACAAGAUGUUAAAUCUUUGGGGUUUAACUCAGCCCCACAAGAUAGGAAAUUGUCUAUGUUGACACAAGGCACACACCUACCAGGUGUGAAAUCUGUGGAAUUCAACUCUGGGACAAAUUUGCAAGGUGCAGAAUCUUCUGAAUUGGUAAAUCUUCAAAUUAUGACCUCUACAGAGAUAAAAAAUGGCCCCAGAUUUCAGGUUGCAAAACCCUCUGAUUUGGCCUUGGAAUCAAAGGCUCACAGUGUAAUAGCUUCUGAGUUCAAUUGUGGAAAGCAGUGGCAAGGGAUGAAAUCUGAUUUGACCACCAAGACAAAGCUUCCAGAUGAGCCAUUUCUGGAAUUCAAGCAUGAACCUAAAUUGCACGGUGGGAAAUCCUCUGAACUGAAUCCAGGGCCACAGCUUCAGUGUAUAACUUUUAUGGCAUUCAACACUGGGCCAGAGUGGCAAGGUCUGGAAUCCUCUGAGCUGAAUCCCCGGCCAGAGCUUCAAGGUACAAAAGCUAAUGUGUUCUGCCUUGAACCACAUUUGCAAGGUAUGAAUUCUUCCUCAUUAAUUUCAGAACCAAAACUUCAGUGUAUAAAUUCUACUGGCUGCAACCCUGGACCACAUUUGCAAGGUGUGAACUCUUCUGAAUUUUUACUUUCAGAACUUCAAAGUAUGAAAUCUUCUGAAUUGAAUCCAGGGACAGAGAUUCAAAGUGAGACAUCGAUGGUGUUCAACCCUGGACCACAUUGGCAAGGUCUGAAAUCUAAACUGAUUCUAGACUCAGAGUUUCUAGGUGCAGCACCUAUGGAAUGCAACCCUGGGCCACAGGUGCAGUGUGAAAGUUCUUGUGAGUUGAAUUCUGGGCCAAAAUUACAAUGUGUAAAUUCUACUGGUUGCAUCCCUGAGCCACUCUUGGAAGGUGUAAAACCUUUUGAGUUGACUCCAGGGACAAAAUUUCAGGGUAUAAUGACAACAGAGUUCAACUCUGGCCCAAAGCUGCAAGGUGUGAGUUCUUCUGAAUUGAAUUCAGGAACAAAAUCUGUGGAGUUAAAUACAGGAUCAAAUACUGAGUUGAAAUCUGCAGAAUUAACCUCACAGCUAACAUCUUCAUUUGAAGAUCCUACAAUGUUGACUCAUGAACAAGAGCUUCAGGCUGUGAAAUCUAUAGGGAUAAAGAUAAGGCCUCCUCAAGUUAUGGAUUCUGAGGAUUUGAAUCUAAGACAGGUAUAUCAGAAUAGGGAAUCUGAGGAGUUAACAUCAGGAGAAGAGUUGCAGACAGGGAAUUAUUUCUCUAGGUUUCUACAUAACUCUUCAAACUCAGCCAUCUCAAACACCGUUAAAACAACAUCUGAAUUAGGAGGCCUUUGGGAUUCUGAGAUGACCAAAGUAUCAAGAGCCUUGGAUAUAAAAAGCCUUUGGACAGGUAUUUUGCAGCCUGAACAGACGUUUGCUUCAAACUUUCCCUUGUCCUUUCAUAAUCAACUCUCUGACAAGACAGCUCACACUGUAGAAAACCCCCAUUCUGAGAUCCCAGGAGUGAAUGUCAUAUCUAAGGAGAGGAUUCAGAAGGGGCAGGUGGCAGAGUUAGAGAAUUCACUCCAGGGCCUCUUCCAACAUCCACCAAAAAGCUGGAGAUCACUAGCUAGGACCUUCCAGACAGGAUCAGGGGCUCAAAGAGACCUUACCUGGUCUGUCCUGGGAAGACAACAGAAUGUCUGGGAGAGUCACUCCUGGAAGCAGAAACUACCUAGAAAAUAUCUCUCCAAUAUGCUAAUGCUGGGGAAUGUCUUGGGGACCACUAUGGAAAGGAAGUUUUGUUCUCAAAUACCUUUAACAGAAAGAGUCACUACAGAUACCCAACCUAUUCAGAAUUUAUUUGGGGUUCCAGCUGAAUUGAUGGAAUUUUCCCAGAGUCUGCUAGAGAUGGGUCAAGGUACUAUUUCUCAGGCUUCAGUGGUCAAAAACUACAUUCAGAGACAUACUUCAUGUCAUGGUCAUGAGAAAAGAAUGGCCUUAAGGAUGUGGACACGUGGUUCUAUGUCCUCCAUAAUACAACAAUACUCUGGAACUAGAGUGAGAAUAAAGAAAACAAAGCUCAGUGAUAUAUCCCAGGAAGUCAUUCAGCACAUGCCUAUUUCAUAUGCAGGGGACCAGCUCCUUGACCCAGUAAAGUCAGAGUCUUCCUUCAAUAUAGUUUUCACUAUGAAAGAUCCUGUUCCAGUGAAAGAGAGUGAGAACUCACAGACUGAUUCACAGACAAGGAUUUUUGAGUCCCAAUACCCCCUUAAGCCAAGUUAUCUUUCCCAGGACAACUCUGUUUUCUCAGAACAACUCCAGUUGCUACAAGAUCUGCAGCUAAAAAUAGCAGCAAAACUGUUAAGAAGUCAAAUACCCCACAAUGUACCUCCACCACCAGCUUCAGGACUGGUCCUGAAAUACCCUAUCUGCUUACAGUGUGGCCGAUGUUCAGGUUUCAAUUGUUGUCAUAAAUUACAGGACACUUUGGGGCCUUAUCUUAUUAUUUAUCCAAAGCUCUGCUUUGUAAGCAGUCCUGAAGGUCAUGGGGAGAUUAGAUUGCGUCUUGGCUUUAGGUUGCAGUCUGGGAGAAGAUCCCAAGUCCCAAAGUAUCAUAGAAGAGACAGACCCAUUACACCAAGGAGCCUGAUAUCAUCAUUAAGGAAAGCUAAAAUCUGUACUCAAGCUUCCAAGAAUCUUACUUCCACAAUAGAUUUCCCAUUUCAGUCUUCCCAGUCUCCUGCUCCUAUGCAAGUCCACAUUAGGCAAAAGCAAUGUGGCAGCCCUGACCUUAUAGGAAAGACAGAUAGUAGAGAACCUGGACACUAUGAAUUCACUGAAGUUCACUCUUUACCAGAGAGUGACUCUAAAAGCAAUCAGGAUGAAGAAUGGGCUGAAAUGAGAAGCCAAAGCACCUGUGAUUCAAAAUAUCCAACGAAAAAAAUCUCCAAGGGAGUUAGAAUAAAAAACAAAAAGUUCUACACAAACAGUAGAACCUUAAAACACAGUCUCUCUAGGGAACUACCAGCCCAGUUAAAAAUGAAAAGGAAAGGAGCACCUCAGACAACUACUGACUCUUUUAAAAGACAGCCUAAGACAUCCUCCCAACCCAAAUUCAUUCAGCUGGUUUUUCAGGGACUAAGGAAGGCAUUCCAAACAGCACACAGAAUUAUGGCAUUUAUUGGGCAGAAGUCUGAGGACAGAGCAAGGGCAGGCCAUUUGUGGUCAAACAAAAAUGACCAAACAAAACAAAAAGCCAGAGACUACUGCUUACUAAGAGAUAUUGAAAAACAGAGGAUGCCGGUUAUGAAGCUAAAGCCAACAGACCCAACCACCGAACAGGAGAGCAUGUUGUGGGAAGGAACAGACCAACUCAGAUCAGCUCAACAACCAAAAACAGAUAGCUCUUUCCACCUCAGACUUUUCCCACUGCUCACACGCAGAGUUUCCCAAGGCAGCACCACUCCCCAAAACACCACAAUCAGACAUCGUUUGGGUACCAUUCAAAAUGGCAGUGGCUGCAGACCUAAGAAAAAUUUCUACCAAAAAGAAAUCUCUAGCCCGGAGUCCAAGAGCUUCAAAACAGGACUCAGCAGUCAGGCCCAAGGGAGAAUCCUAUAUGGUUCUGCUAUGAAGAGAACCUCACACAGUCACCUUAAAGACAAACUCACACGGAAGAAACCAGACCACCACAGCUUCCUUAGGGAAAGAACCGCUUGCACUUUCUCUGAGAGGAGACGUCACAGUCCCUCUCUGAGAAAUCAUUGCCGUUUCUCUGAGAGAAGCCAUCACAGUCCAUCUCAGAGAAACCACCACAGUCCCCCUCAGAGGAGCCGUCGGAGUCCAUCUGAAAGGAGCCAUCGCAGUCUCCCUCAGAGAAGCGAUUGCAGUUCCUCUGAGAGAAGCCAUCACAGUCCCUCUCAGAGGGGACAUCGAAGUCCCUCUCAGAGGAGCCGUCGUAGUCUCUCUCAGAGGAGCUGUCGAAGUCCUUCUCAGAGGAGACAUCGAAGCUCUUCUCAGAGGAGACAUCGCAGUCCAUCUCAGAAGAGCCAUCUCAGUCCCUCUGAGAGGAGAUGUCACAGACCCUUUGAGAGAGGCCACCGUCCCUCUAAGAGAAGAAGAGGAUACAGUCUUUCUGAGCGCAGGCAACCCAGGCUCUGUGAGAGGAGUCGUGGCAGUCCCUCUAAGAGGAGAGGGCAUAGGCAUUCUGAGAGGCGCAGACACAGUCACUCCGAGUGGAGCCCACACAGUCCAUCUGAGAGAGAACAUCACAGCUCCCCUAAGGAGAGCCCCAGACAUCGUUUGUAUAAAGAUCUCAAGGCUCACUCAAAUUAUGUCUCCUAG